AUGGUUUCCAUCACAACUGAAAACAUUACACAGCUUUACAACGUCAUGGCCACCCAGGACCUCACAGUCAGUCCAGCAAACUUCCACAAUAAUUCAGAAGUGCAUCAGCUGAAUCAAUAUGAAUGUAUUAAUUCAAAUGUAUGGAAAUGGCUACAUGAUUUUCAGCCCGGAUUCCUCUGGUUUAUAUUUAUUCUGGGAGCAAUAGAAAACUCCUUUGUCCUCAUAGUCCUGUGUUUCCACAAGAGUCACUGCACAGUGGCUGAAAUUUACCUAGCAAACAUGGCACUUGCUGACCUAAUGUUAGUCUGUGCUUUACCUUUCUGGGCCAUUAAUAUCGCUAAUAAAUUUCAAUGGCCCUUUGGCCUGUUCCUUUGUAAAGCUGUCAACAUAAUGAGCAACAUGAACUUUUAUUCUAGCAUUUAUUUCCUGACACUAGUGGGCAUUGACCGCUAUCUGGCCUUGGUGAAAACCAUGUCUCUUGGGCGGAUGCGGCGAAUGGUCUGUGCCAAAUGGAAUAGCUUUGUAAUCUGGAUGUGUGCGUUGCUCAUAUGUUCACCUACGAUGGUGUUCCGAAAUUUACAGUACUACAAAGAAUACAACAUCACAGCCUGCAUUCUUGUUUAUCCAUCCAGCUACUGGCAGCCUGCAAACAACUGCUUGCUGAAUAUUGUGGGCUUUGUGAUCCCACUCUGUGUAAUUACCUAUUGCACUAUGCAAAUCAUCAAAGCCUUACGAAGUAGUGAGGUACAAAAACUGAAGUUAGUCCACACAGAGAGGAGAGCCACCAUGCUGGUCCUUGCUGUGCUCUUGCUGUUCAUCGUUUGCUGGCUUCCAUUCCAGAUCAGCACGUUCAUUGACACAGUCUGUUACCUCGCACCCACUUUCAGAUGCUUGGAAGAAAUCAAUGACGUAGUGACCCAGCUGGCUACGUACUGUGCCUUUAGCAACAGCUGCCUGAACCCAGUCUUGUAUGUAAUUGUUGGGAAGCACUUCCAGAAGAAGGCUGUGGAAUUCUGCAAGGACUUGUUCCCAAAGAGGUGCAGAAAAUCAGAGUCUGUGCAGAUGGAAAACUCCCUGGACACUUUGAGAACUUCCAUUUCAAGUGAAUACCCACGGAAAAAGUCUGUUUUCCCAUUACCACAAUAG